GCGAGUCUUGAAGGCGUCGGCAACAGCGAAGCCAUUUGCGAUCAAAGUGGUUGUUGAAUUUGAAAUGUGCUGCAUAAAAAAUAACACUGCUCCGGACAUCAAAUAAGUGUUACGUCCUGCAAGAUGCUGGACCUUUACAAGAUCCAUAACAACACAAAUUGUUAAAAGGAGCGUGAAAAUGAAUUUCACCAUGGAUACUACAGAAGACGCGACUAGACUUCUCUUCGGCUGGCUCGACAUUUGCUUCUUCAUACUUAUGUUGGCACUGUCGACAUUGAUUGGCGUCUACUUCGGUUUCUGGGGUAAGAAAGAAGAUUCUCCUCAGGAGUACUUGCUCGGGGGGAAAACGAUGAAUACGCUGCCAGUAGCUGUAUCGCUCGUAGCCAGCCUAGUGUCUGGAAUCACGGUGAUGGGAGACCCAUCGGAAAUCUACAACUACGGAACACUCUUCUGGUUGAGUUGUUUUUGUGCCCCAUUUGUUGGAAUUUUAAACAAUUACUUUUAUCUACCUGUAUUCUACGAACUUCAAAUUACUUCUAUAUAUGAGUACUUGCAGCUUCGUUUUAACAGAAGUGUCCGAGUUAUGGCAUCAGUACUUUGUACAGUUGGAAUGUUUUUCUACAUUCCCAUAGUAAUGUAUGUUCCAGCCUUAGCUCUGAGCCAAGUAAUUGGGAUAAAUAUACAUUACAUCACUCCAAUCAUCUGCAUUAUUUGUAUCUUUUACACGAUGCUGGGUGGAAUAAAAGCCGUCAUAUGGACCGACUUCCUACAGGGGGUGGUGAUGGUUGUGGCAAGUUUAGCUGUCAUUGCUCUAGGACUCGUCCAUGUGGGAGGCUUUGUUCCAGUUUGGGAAAGGAGCAGAGAUGGCGGAAGGAUAAGAAUUUUCGAGAUGAGUCUUUCUCCCUUUGAAAGAAUGACGUUUUGGAACGUUUUUAUAGGCGGAACAAGCAGCUGGCUGGGAAUUCUUGCAGCAAACCAAGGAAUGGUCCAAAAAUUUCUGUCGCUCCCUUCAUAUGCGAAAGUACGGAAGUCACUAAUGUUUCUAGUUUUCGGAACCCUACUAAUAAAGUGCCUGACUUGUUUCAUGGGGCUCAUUAUAUAUGCUACAUACUACGACUGUGAUCCUAUGGACACAAAGGCCAUUUCCCGGUCUGACCAGCUGCUCGCAUACUACGUUAUGGAUAUUGCUUCAGCAAUUCCAGGCUUGCCUGGUCUCUUUAUGGCGGGGAUAUUCAGCGCUUCUCUUAGCACCAUGUCCAGUGCUCUAAAUUCUUUGGGCGCAACAUUAUUUGAAGACUUCGUUCGUCCGUGUUUAAAAAUUAAAUUAUCAGAUAAAACCUCCAACAACAUAAUAAAAUUACUGGUUAUAAUAAUAGGAGCAGUCUGUGUUAUUAUGGUCUUCUUCGUCGACAAAGUUGGUGGUAUUGUGCAGCUGGCAAUGAGUACGAACGGUGUUGCAUCCGGAGCAUCGUUUGGACUCUUCACUUUCGGAAUGUUCUACCCACGAGGAAACUCUAAAGGUGCUCUAAUUGGAAGCAUAGUUUCUUUGCUUUUUAUGGGAUGGAUCGUAUUUGGAGCACAAAAGGCUUUCGCUGACGGCACCUUGUCAUAUCCCAAGUUACCCACCUCAACAGAGGGAUGUGGUUUCAACCUAACGUUACCAGAACCCAUCGUAACUGACAUUCCGCCAGAGGAGGCAUUUGUUUUGUUUCGGAUAAGUUUCAUGUACUACACACUGAUGGGCUUCAUGAUAAUGUUUCUUGUGGGAAUGAUCGUAAGUAUCUUCACAGAAUCGCCGAACAUUGAAGAAAUGAACCCAAACCUCUUCACUCCCAUUAUAAGGAAAAACUUUUUGUGCAAGAAACAAAAAUUUGAAAUGAAAGUUGUUGAUGGAAAAAAAGUUUUAUAUACGUCUCCUUCAGAAUGAGUAGUAUAAGACAAUUUAUAAUUAAUAUAUAAAUGGAAGGAAAAUUAAAAACUUCGUAAACGACAAUACACUUUAUAUGCCCGGUAUAAGUAGCCACAGUAGGCCUAUAGUUUGAAUUAAAUGUGAAGGUUUCCGGGUCUGAGCAAUGAGAGUUUUAGACAAACAGAAUUGCCUCUUUCUGUGGAUGAACUUAAGUGGUGCAGAAGAAAACAGUGAACUUUGUGAAUAAAUUGAAUCAUUCUGCUCUGCCCACGUUAUCACGCGUCCUAGCGUAUAACAGCUUUACAUUCGUAAAAAUAUAUGACAAUUAAAAGGAGCUACGAUUAAAAUAAACUGGUAGCAUAGUAUAUAUUAAACCCAAAUAUAAUAUUAUAUAUUAUGGACAUUGUUAAUGUUUUGACGUGGAUUAAUUUUCGGGUAAUUAAAUGUUACGUCGGAGAAAUAAAUGGUGUAUAAUUCAACCUUAUUAGCGUAUAAAGAUAUAUAAUCAAGUAAUUUUUACUUUAAAAUUAUUUUAUAUUAAUUUACUUUAAUAUUAGUAAAGUCACAAUUGUUAAAUUCGCAAAUCGUAGUUCAGUAAUUUAUCGUAAUAAUUCACCGACAACUCUUCGUCUACAUUAUUAAUAAUCGGCAGUUAACUAAUUUAAAUUAAUUAUUUAAAACAGUAUGUAUUUAAUUUAUAAAACUCCCAAAUUGCGUAAUUAAUUCAUAUAAGACGGUUUACACCUUAAACAUUUUGACUGGUAUUAAGAUCUAUCUGCGCUAUUUCACCGUGGUAGCAAAUGACCACAGUAUGAGUAUUAAAAUAAUUUAUAUCAAGGCAAAAGUAACAAAAAUAUAUCAAUAUAAUGAUAAUAAAAUUACCUAUGCAGUACAGGAGUAAAGCAAACUCUAAAAUGUCAUAUAUAUCUACAAUGUGAAAUAAAGCAUGGUGUGAUAAAGUA